ACAAUUACCGUUAGCUCCCUUCUCACUUCUCCCUUCUUCUGCUUCUUCUGUCGCUCUGAGUGACUCCAAUGGCGUUGUGUGGCCCCGCUACUCACGGCCUUUCUCUUGUCUGCUCCAAAAGCCACGCAAGAACGAGAAGACCAAGAAGAAGUAGAGGCUCUGGGGUGGUUCAGAUUCUUGCGGGGUAUGACGUGACUGGAAUGGAAGGUGUAGAAGUGGAGGGGUUCGAUGAAGGACAAUUGGAGCGUCCCAAAUGGGUUGGUGAAACCCCUCUCUCUCGCUUCGUCGGUGCUGUAAUUUCGUUCAAGCCUCUCUACUCUCUGCUCAAGCUCGGAGCCAGACGCGUCCUUAUCGACACUGCUGAGAAGAAGAACAUUCCGUGGAGGGAAAUGACAACGGAGAUUCUGGAAUCAGAUGUAUACAAGGAAUUGGAGAGCAUUCAGAACCCUUCAGUUGUAUACCCAGAUUACUAUUUGAAUGCUUUCCAUGCAUAUGAUGAGGGCAACCUUUCAUGGUUGGCCGCUGCUGAAGCAGAGGCUGCAACCUUGUCAAUGGCAAGACGAACCGUACCUGAUGCUUCUUCAUUAGAUGAAGCUAAUGAAGUAGUACGUGGAAAUUGGCUUCAAGCAAUUGAGCAACAUCAUCUACAGUAUUCUGGAAAUUCCAUGAUCAGGGACAUUCUAGAUAUUGGAUGCUCUGUAGGUGUCAGCACAGGAUAUCUUGCUGACAAGUUUCCAUUGGCCAAGGUCACUGGUCUAGAUUUGUCACCUUACUUUGUUGCUGUAGCUCAAUUCAAGGAAAAGAAAAGAUUUCCUCGAAAGAAUCCAAUCAGCUGGAUUCAUGCAAAUGGGGAAGACACGGGAUUGUCUUCCAACUCAUUUGACAUUGUUUCCAUGGCUUAUGUGCUUCAUGAAUGUCCUAAUAGAGCAAUAGUCAAUCUAGUGAAGGAAGCAUUCCGUCUCCUUCGACCUGGAGGCACCGUUGCCUUAACAGACACUGCGCCAAAGUCAAAGAUCCUUCAGUGGUGUGUUGGGUGUGCCAGAAAUCAGGAAUUGUCUCCAGUUCUGUUCACAUUGAUGAAGAGCACUGAACCGUUUUUAGAUGAAUAUUACUUGACUGAUUUGGAAGGAACAAUGAGAGAAUUUGGCUUUGUGAAUGUAACGACUCUUCUGACAGACCCAAGACACAGGACAGUGACUGGCACGGUGCCUCGUUAAGAGAUCAAACUUGAUCCAAUUGACAACACCAUUACCUGCUCUCUCUGCCACAUUCAAUAGCACAAAUCUACAACGUUUUCAUCAUUUACCAUAUAAUGUUGAACCAACUUCUGAGGGAUUUUCAUUUUUGUAUUUUGUUCUUCUUGGAGUCGCAGAUUUCGCAGAAGCCCCAAUAUUACUUAAGAUUUUUUGCAUUACAA